AUCGCCAAUGGUAGAGUCCAUCUCCAGGGAGGUCCACACUUGGAGGAACACAGAUAUCGGUCAUACAAUAUAUAGUAGGGAGAAUGUCACUGGGACUCGGUGCGUGAGGGUGAAACUGUCUCAGAGGCAUGUAACACCACAGGCAAUCUGUUGCGCUCGCUUCCCGAGAACACAUACCACCUUUAACGGCGGCAACAAUGCAGGCUCUCUGAGCAUACGGACAGAGGGAGAAUCGAUGUCGAGGAGCGGCUGCAGCAAAGAGCAUUGCGGGACAUACCUAUAGUGUUGGACGGUGUCGGAGCAGUGUGCAGUUGAUGCAUGAAUCUGGAGGCGACCACAGUGGUGUUUGGUGGCAGCGGUUGGAAUGUCCCGUUCUACAGACACGCGACAGAGCCGAGAGGAUCGUUCGAUAUUCCCCUGCUGAGAUAAAGGCACCGGAAACAACUCGUUAGUCGGUGCGAUAGUAUUUAUUUUUUGAGAUUCCGAGAUAGCUGCUUCUUGUUGCACAGAGGUGAGACAUGUGUCUGGGUGUGUGUGUGGUUAGGCUGAUGAAGGUGAUCCAGCUGUGGGAUUAGCUUGUGAGACGUUAUGUCUCAAGGCUGUGUAUUAGGUACAGAAUUGCUGGUAAGUUGGCUUCUGAUGGUGUUGUGUCAAUGAGGACCAUCACAUUCUACACUGUGUGUCACUGUGACAAGAACAGAUAACAAGAACUAUGGCCAAGCUCUGUAGGUUUGUUAAGCUUAAUGACCGGCUGAAUGCUCAGGUCUUCACGUUCGUCUUGCCUGGUAGGAUCGUCCGGGAAUUUACGCCAGACUGUUACGCGAAAGACUUUGUGUAUGGCUUUCAAAAAUGGAGUGUUAGUUUUGUUCGAAGUGACCGUCACAUCGGAGUGUUUCUGAAGCUGCUGACGACUUCUCAGGGCAUGAAAUGUCGCCUUGAUUUCACGGUCACUAUACUCAACAGGGACCAUUUCACCAAGAAUGAACAUUUCAUUGAAAAGAGCUGCGAGUAUACCACCGAGAAUAAUGUGUUCGGCAGGAAAACUUUCAUUGAGAUUGACGAACUUGUACAAAGAAAUUUUAUUCAAGAGACCGGAGAUGUCAUGUUUGAGCUGGAAAUGCGAAAUGCAGUUUGUCAGUUUGAAUGCUUCAUGAAAAUUCCGAAGGACAACCAUGCGUCUAGACAAGGAUAUAGCGACAGAUUAGAGUCAACCUACUACUCAUUCGGUCUGUUUGACUGGAGCGUGUCCUUAUUUCCUGACAGUAGUUCCAUCGAAGCCGAUGGAAGUAUUGCGGUUCAACUGCAAAGACAUACGAGUUUUGACCACUUGUGUAGUCUUAAGUACAGGGUCAUUCUGGGAGAAGAAGGGACGUUUGAUUCUCGGGAACUGGUUCAAAUCCUGGAUACGUCUGGUAUGGGCGAACCGUUCACAGUUGGUGCCUCCAUGUUAAGGCUGGCUCAGGGAAGGUCCACCUUGCGUGUGAAGGUGGAGAUGAUCUCAGUGGUGUCGGUGAGUGAGGUCAAUGUCCAUGCCUUAAACAGAAAUCGAAGUCGUGCCCACCUCUACGACCGGGACAAACAGGCCUGGAUGCUGGAGGCGGACACGAGUGGGAAGUACCUCACUUUUAAACUGUAUUACACUGAUAUUUCCCACGUGCCCCGGAAGUUCAGCCGCUAUGUAGCCUGGCACGUGAGGAUCUUGACAAAGUCUCAGUCCAAGCCCCUAACCGCUCUGGACGGUCCGUUUGGCAAGUACUUCGUGCAGCAGGACCUAGAUGAGGGCUUUCAAAUGCGAACAGACAUCCCUGUGGACGAGCUCACGGAUCCCGACAGCAACCUCCUGGAUCCAGAAGACCGGAAGUUGACGGUCCACAUAGACUGGAUCGACUCCCAUCUGCUGGUGCUGCCCAACUACAACAGCCUCGAUGACGUCACACGUCUACACAAGCAGCAGAUGUGGAGAGAGAUUAUGGCCCUCCAAGCUGAAAAUUACGCCCUUGAGAAGCAGUUGUACAGUUACCAGCAGAGCAUUGCCAAGACCAACUCCAGGGGAAGAUACGAUGUCGACCAGCUGAAACCACAGCAGUCAAUAUGAUGGGUACAACAACGUCAAUUAUAGGAUCCAAGAUAAAACAGGGAUUUGCUCGAGAUACACCACGUUCUGUGAUACGAUUCAACACAAAGCACGUGUUUGAUUGAAACGACAGCUUUACCUCUCCAUAAUCUGAAAUACAGCAGUUAACUCUCCAUAAUCUGAAAUACAAUAACUCUGUAAGAUGGAAUGCAACAG